AUUGAUAAAGGUCUUGCAUUCGGUCGCAAGUGAGCCGCGAUACCGGAUCUCCUGUACCUUCACUUUCCUAUACCGAGACCGGGGAAAAGUAAAAAAAAAAAAAAGCCACCAUGCCGGUUGACUUGAAUGGGUACUGGAAAAUGAUUUCCAAUGAUAACUUCGAGGAGUACUUGAAAGCCCUCGACGUGAAUGUUGCCAUUAGGAAAAUCGCCACUUUGCUGAAACCCGACAAAGACAUCGCUCAUAACGGCAAUCACAUAACCAUCAAGACGCUGAGCACAUUCAAAAACUACAACAUGGACUUCGAGGUUGGAAAGGAAUUCGAGGAGGAUUUGACCGGGGUGGAUGAUCGGAAAUGCAUGACCACGAUCAACUGGGAGGGGGACAAGCUGGUGUGCGUGCAGAAGGGAGAGAAGGAAGGCCGUGGCUGGACCCACUGGGUAGAGGGGGAUGAGCUUCACUUGGAAUUGAGAGUCUGUGGAGUGAUCUGCAAACAAGUCUUCAAGAAGCAGACCUAAGCCAGCCCUAGCAACAAGAGAACAGCGCCCCCUGCUUGCAGGCGCAGAGGGACACACACGCAAGCCAAACCUCUGACAGAAGUUCCCUCUCCGUUCAUCCAUCCACCUAAACCCCCCAAAUUCCACACAUGUUUACACCCCUCUCUCUGUCAGGACUGUAUUGAUCACUAAGCACUGCCCCCAUUCCAUGCAUUACCCAUGUCUCCACUGGAGA